UUAAGGAACCCUAACUCACGGAGAUCCGAGGGGAAUGCACCGCGCGGGGGAGGCAGCCGCAUCUAAUUUGCAUAUCACUCUUCGCCGUUCGCUGUUGACGAGCGCACACAUACGCCCUUUUUUUAAACUCAAAAUCAGAGUCAAAAUGGUGUAGUUAAUAAGCCUAUAUAGUAAAAACUGCAUGUAAUGAAGAAUUUUGUAUUAAAAUCAUUCAAAAGUUCAUCUGCAUACGUUAUUCAAUCAUCCAGUCAUUAAUCAAGCAUCCUACAUUCAAAAUCCAAAAAGCAAUUGACGCCAAAGUCUACAUGGUCCUUCAUCGAGCCAAAUAUACAAGAAUCAAGCCCUAAAAGGAAUCCAGAACGUUUUAACCAGCUGAACCGAAGAGUCAAGACAUUUACCUACCUAUUUCAUUCAGACAAGAAAUCAGCCAUUAUACAUUUAUGUGAAACAAAAACAAGCCGUUAAGUGCAAAGGAUUGGUCGAAAUUAAAGUGGAAUUUAAGGCCGAAACGAGUGGUUAAGAGUGAGUUCUUUCCAAACUGUUACCAUUAUAGCGUUAACUAGGUGACGCUGAGAUGCAUGCACGCACAAGCACUCGUGGUAUUAAAUUACCGACAAUCCAGAUCCCCAAAUUCAGCGGUCAGUACGAGGAGUGGUUGGAAUUUCACGAUUUAUUCGUCUCUUUGAUACACGAACAUAAGGCGAUAUCGGACAUACAGAAGUUUCAUUAUUUAAGGGCAUCCCUGGAGGGGGCCGCUGCGCAGGUAAUCAAAUCUUUAGAGUUUUCAGCUAGGAAUUAUCAAAUCGCUUGGGAUUUGUUGUGCGACAGGUUUGACAAUAAACGUAUACUUAUUCAAAAUCAUAUCCAAGCGCUGUUCGCUUUAGAACAAAAUAAAAAAGAAUCAUAUCAAUCAAUUCGUAAAAUAAUAGACACUUUUACUAAAAACUUAAGAGCCUUAGAGACUCUCGGAGAACCCACCACUUCAUGGGACACUCUCAUUAUUUAUAUUAUGAGUACAAAAUUAGAUUCAAGGACAUUGCGGGAAUGGGAAGAACAUAAAUCUGAUUUAAAAGGUAUUAAAUUAGAUGAUUUCACUUCAUUCUUAAAAAACAGAGCCGAUUUACUUGAAACAUUACACAUGAGUAAUAAUAAUACAAAUGUCAGCGCCAGAGCUGAUCGAUACAAAUCUGCCGAGUACGUAAAGAGUCUCGCAGCAGUCACUAGUGCACCACAGCCAAAAUAUACGUCAUACAAUUACAGCUGCCCCUUGUGCAAGCAAAAUCAUCGCAUUUAUAGGUGUGAACAGUUUCUAGGACAAUCUAUCAACGAGAGAGCAGAAUCGGUGAGGAGGCUCAAGUUAUGUGAGAACUGCCUCCGCCCCGGUCAUCAGGCUCGCGUUUGCAGAUUGGGCCCAUGCAUGAAAUGUUCACAAAAACAUAAUUCAGUGCUUCAUCCAGAAACAGCAUCAGGAUCAUCUGAGCCAUCAGUUGUGGGUGCGACGUCGCAUUCAUUCAAGCCAACAGGGCGAGGCGUACUCUCAACUGCCGUGAUCCACAUGUACGACAAGGACAACCACCGCCAUGAAGUAAGAGCCUUUAUUGAUAAUGGUAGCAUGUCUUGCUUCAUGACGGAUUCCUUGUUACGUAAAUUGCAAAUUAAACACACAGAAUUACAAUCAUCCAUUAUUGGAUUAAAUAAGCAAGUUUUGUCACAUAUCACAAAAAAGUGCAAUGCAACAAUCGAAUCGAGAACUAGCCAAUUUAAAGCCAACAUGACAUUCUACGUUGUACCGGAAAUUGUAACUUUAAAUUCAAAUGUACCUAAACUAAACAUUCCUAAACAUGUAAUACUGGCAGACCCAGAAUACUACAACCCGUCUAGCAUAGACAUUCUACUGGGCGCAGAAAUAUUCUGGGAGCUGCUUGAACAGGACCAAAUUAGUUUAGGUACAGGUUAUCCAAUAUUACAAAAUACAAAGCUCGGUUACAUAGUUGGCGGGCCUACCAGAGGGCUUAAUCAUAAACACACAAAUUCAGUUGAACCAAUACAUUGUAAUCUGAUCGCGGACAAUACAGUACAGGAUCAGCUAGCUAAAUUCUGGUGUCUUGAGGAGGUUCCGGAUAAUUCUAAGCAAGUAUAUUCGGUAGAAGAGCGUUUAUGUGAACAGAAUUUCGUGGAAAACUUUACUCGAAUGCCAGAUGGGCGAUUUUCCGUCGCAGUUCCUCUCAAGAAGCCAGAAUCAUGCUUAGGUGACUCAUUCAAUCGCGCCAAACAGUGCUUCCUAUCGCUUGAGCGUAGGUUAGCCAAACAACCACUAUUAAAACAAAUGUACACAGACUUCAUGUCAGAAUAUAUUGAACUAGGACACAUGUCUGAGACUAGAUCAGACACGCAAACCAACACAAAGCCAUUUUAUCUGUCACAUCAUGGAGUUUUGCGCGAACAAAGCUCCACUACAAAGCUUCGGGCUGUAUUUAAUGGCAGUGCUGCCACGAGUUCAGGGGUUUCAUACAAUGACCUCCAAAUGGUCGGGCCCACUAUACAGAGUGAUUUAUUAUCAAUUCUCUUGCGAUUCAGACAUUACCCAUACGUUUUGACCGGAGACAUUGAGAAAAUGUACCGGCAAGUUUUAGUUCAUGAAAAUCAAAGGCAUUUACAGCAAAUUAUCUGGCGGGAUGAUCCUACUAAAGAAUUAAACAUAUACAAAUUGAAUACAGUUACGUAUGGGACAGCAUCCGCGCCAUUUUUAGCCGUCAGGUGUUUGAAACAACUUGCUUUGGAAUGCCCAGAUCCACAAUUAGCCCAAAUCAUUAGUGACGACUUUUAUGUCGACGACUUAGUGACAGGUGCUCAAACAAAGGAGCAAUUAAUAAAAAUAAAAGAAGGCGUUUGCAAAGUUUUAUCCACAGGUUGUUUCAAUCUCCGUAAAAUCAGAUCCAAUAUAGAACUAUCUCAGUCAGAUUCAUGCCAAACAUUGAACCUCGGCGACCAAGGUUCGUCAAAUACCUUGGGCCUGGGUUGGUCACCACCUGAUGAUAAAUUAUAUUAUUCAAUAAAGCAAAAUGUUGAGCAAAAUCCAACCAAACGGUCAAUUCUGUCCGCCAUAGGACAGAUAUAUGAUCCGCUUGGCUUAUUAAGCGUAUGCGUCAUUCAAGCUAAAAUCAUGUUACAGAAACUUUGGUUAUUAAAAUGUAAUUGGGACGAUCCUUUACCCUCAAAUAUUGUAAAUUUAUGGCACAAGUUCCAAUCUGAAUUACGUCAUGUACUUGAUUUAAAAAUGCCGCGCUGUGUCAUCAAGGACGAUCCAAAUAGCGUGAUUGAAAUUCACACUUUUUGUGAUUCGUCUCAGGACGCAUACGGCUCAUGCUUGUACGUUAGAUCGGAAUGUAACGGACAAGUGGAGAUCAAAUUGCUAUGUGCAAAAAGUAAAGUCACGCCUUUGAAACCUACGACUAUUCCGCGUACCGAAUUGUGCGGUGCCCUUGUCGCUGCACGUCUGACUGAGAAAGUACUCAAAUCUAUCCGUAUACCAAUAAAAAGAUGUAUUCUCUGGACUGAUUCAUCUAUCGUUUUAGGUUGGCUCCAAACGCAACCUAAUAAGCUAAAACAAUUCGUUAAAAAUCGUGUUGCUGAAAUUCAAGAGCUCACUGCUAAUCACGAAUGGCGCCAUGUGCCAACAGCUCUAAAUCCAGCAGAUAUGUUAUCUCGCGGAGUAAAAAUGUCAGAAUUACAAAAUUUGUCAAUGUGGUGGAAUGGCCCAGAUUUUCUAAAAGAGGAUGAAACGAAUUGGCCUAAAAGUAACUUUGUAAAAAACAAUUUUGAAAUGCCAGAAAUGGUAACUGCUACAGCAGUCUCUUUAGACACAAAUCAUGGUUUAAUUGACUACAAAAGAUUUCUAAAUUACUAA